AUGGAUGGAGAAAAGCUUCUGGCCAACCUAUUUUCCUUAACCCAGGGUCCACCCCGCUCCCAGCGCCCCUCGGCCCGCUCGCGGGCCCCAGCCGGCUCCAUCUCUCCCGCCCUUGCUGGGCGGGCAAGGGCUUCCGAGCGCCCCGCCGGUACCUCCCAGCGCCUGAACCCAGGCUGGUGGGGGGCGAACGCACGCCACGAUCCAGGGUUGGGAGGGUGCGCAGGGGGCAGUCGUAGCAGCUACAGAGGCUGCAAAACCCGGGGUUCCAGGCAGCACAGACCCGGGCCGCCCCGAUCCUUGUCUGGAGCUCGGUCUCCCAGCACCCCUGACCUCCCUCCCUCCCUCCGCAGUGCAAACCCGCCGCGAACCAGCCAGGGAGAGUUACCCGCCGAGGCCCAGGAGCGAAGACCGCAGAGGCUUGCCGGGUUUCGCCGCUGCUCCCUCCAAGCCGGCUGCUGCCUCUCGCGCGGGUCCUGCAGCAUCAGGCCGCCAAGGCCCGCGGCCGGCAGAAACCGGAGGAAGGUGGAGUGGGUCAGGGGCGGUGCGGACACGAUUCGGUCCCCCCUGACCAGACCUGGGAGCAAGGGAGGGCGCAGUGCCGCCCGCCGUCCGGGGCGCCGCCAGCCCGCACUCAACCCGCCGCGCCCAGGAGACUGCUCUGAGCGCCCGCGGAGCCGUGGGGAAGCUCCUCCUGCUCCGCGGCUCGCGCCGUGUGGGCGGUGGCCUCGGCCGCCCCUGAGUUCGCAAGGAAGGUGCAAUGCGGCGAGGGAGGCUCCGGAUCCCCGGAGCAGAUGCGAGGCAGGAGCCGAGCCAGCCCCUACCUUUUGGGCUUGGCGGACGCCAGCAGCGCGCCCUCGCAGGGCGCCCUGGACAGGAAACUCAGCACGGAAGAAGGCUGGGGAGAGCAGCGGAAGGCUUCACGAUAGGGUAUGAAGAUCAACUUUCACAGUCGAGAAGACAGUCCAUACCGCCCUGGUGUGUUUGGAAAACUGCCUGGGCAAAGGAUUUUGGGAUCUGCAAAGUCAUGUGCAGACAGAAGAGGAAGACAUCGUCUGCCCGUCCUUACUUCGCAUUUGUGCUUCUUUCGGGUCAGUAAUGGCCAAGAAGGCGCCGUUUACCCUAAACCCAGUUCACAGUCCACCUCCUCCACUGGCCUGCUGUGCAACCUCCUGCACAUUUCCCAGCCCCCGCACCCCGCACUUCCUUUUUGUCUCCUAAAGAGAAAUAAUGCAACUUAUCUUCAGAGUUGUUAGGAUUAAGAAUAAAAGAUGAAAUAUAGAAUUCUUGGCCAGUGCUUGUCACAAAGACCGUCUGUUCAGGAGGCAAGAAUAUUGACGACCAGUCAUUGUACACGGUGAGUCAGCCCACCAUGAGGCAGCGACUGUGUGUGUCAUACCAUUCCACAGGCCAGGAAAAUCUCAUUUCAUGGUGAAGAAAUAGAGUCAGGAAGCCAAGUAAGGUGCCCAAGGUCAUACCAGCUACAUUGUAGCUACUAUUCAAACAAAAGUGCCUGGGGCAAAACCAGUUUUAUUUUCGGGAUAUCUCACCACUCUGUGACCAUCUAGGGCAGGACUUUUGACCCCAGGCAACAUCACCUUUCUAAACAGCAGGAUGUAUUGUUGUAGGGCACAUGAUCACAAUCAUGUAAAAAUUCUGAAUUCCUUUGGAAGGUGUUGAAGAAUAAAGCUGGGUGGUGGGAUUACAGGUUUUUAUCCCUCUCUGGUUGUUUGGGGGGAAGUAUUUUUACAAUGUAACUCGGCCCUUUUGUAGAAAAUUUAUUCUAAUAAGGUGUGAGGGGAGGGGCCAGGAAGUAGGAGAGAACUCUGGGAACAUGCAGGGUCUUUUAAAGACCCCUGAAAUCAUGAUAUUUAGGCCAUGUACAUGUAGGACUGAUUCUAUUUUCUUUACCUGUUUUUCAAUUAUGGAUGCUUCACUGUCUGUAAAUUAAAAUGACAUUGUUUAAUGGGAUGUGGCCUCAGAGCUCCCAGGGACAGGUAAAAGCCAUGUUCCCCACCCCACCCUGGGUUGCCAUUCAGCACCUGUAGACUCAAUAUCUAGCAUGAAGUUAAAGAAAAGUAAUAUGUCUUCCUCAUCCCCAACAUAGGGCCUGUCUUUUAAAUUCCAAACACAGGCCUUCGUGGCAUGAUUGAGGUAGGACCAUUCUCGCAGAGGGGACCUACUAGCAGGAUGAGCUCUCAGCAGGACGGUCACGUCAGAUCAGAGCAGGUGCACCCCAGGACUGGAGAACCCCACAAAAUGACGAAAGGCUGCUUUCUUACCAUAUGCCCUUGUAUGUUAAUAAAAAGUUGUUUUGUUGUUUUUUU